UGAAAUCGUGCGCACCUACCAGGUCGGCACACUUUGUCUUUGCGACCGUGUUCUAUCGGUCUAGGUCCUUCUUCAAGGGUUUCCAAGUCGAUUAGGCACCCUCUAUCUUCGUUUUAUAGUUUCCAGCAUGCUGUUCAGCCACCAUCAGUCUUCCAACCUUGUCGUCUUGCUGCUUUCACAGCUCUUACGGAUCUGUGUAUCUUUAUCCUACUCUUGCUGUCUUUUCACUUCCAUGCUCCACUAUUAUCUUCCUACAGGCAGCAUCAAGCAGGUAUACUACAUAGACUCGUGGACGUGGUACAGCUGUAAACAUCUUUGGAAAAUAGUCUACCCCUUGACUCGGUCUUGAGGUCGGUUAAGCUUCCCUUUCAUGUGGACAACACUGCCAUCGUGGUCCUGUUCCUUUUUCUAAUAUCUAUAUUGAUCAUCAUAUCCAUUGACACAGAAGCUUCAGUGAGUAAGAUGGCUCUGGUUUCUCUAUCUCAUGGGUCUCGCAUGCCUGAACAUGUCAUCUUUAUAACUCAUUCGUUGCUACGUGGGCUCCCGAU